AUGCGAUCUCCUCGAGUUUUGCUGGUCAAUGAUGACGGCCCUCCUUCUGAUUCAUCUCCAUACAUCCUUGAGGUGUAUCAACAGCUGAUCUCACUAGGCUGGGAUGUACGCGUUGUCAUCCCCAGUUCACAGAAAUCAUGCUAUUAUCCUCUACGGGACAAUUAUCUUGGCGCUCAUCCUGACACGCGCCAUUGCUGGAGUCACGAGCGCCGUCCUAUUCAAAAAGAGCGUGGAGAAAUUGGUGAAUGGGUGCUGGUCGAUGGUGUGCCUUCGACCUGUACCAAUGUCGGCUUGUAUACCGGUGAUGCGCUGUUUGGACCGGAUGGGGCAGGCCCCAUCGACCUCGUUAUAUCAGGUCCCAAUUAUGGCCGAAAUACAGGCACUGCAUUUUCUGUGAGUUCAGGUACGCUCGGAGCUGCUCUCUCCGGCUCUCUAUGUGAUGUUCGGUCUAUUGCUGUGAGCUUCUGCCACUUUAAGACAAAUCCACCAACGUUGGAUGGCCGUCGAGAAGGUCCUGGCCUUACGCCUGAGGUAUUCAAGGAGCUUUCCAUCCUCGCCUGCACGUACACCUUGCGUCUCUGCAAGCAGUUGUGGGAAACAUGGGAUCAGGAUGAACAUGUUCAGUCGUACUCGAUCAAUAUUCCUAUUGCCGAGACGUUGCGACGUCCUGUGGUACAUUGGACGCGCAUUUGGCACAGUCGGCAUGGCCAAUACUAUCCUCUUCCUUCCUCUGGCGCAGAGGAUUGGGGUGUCAUGCCAUCUGGCAUUGAGCCCAAGGACUUGCCUGAUGAAGAUCCUGCGUGUGCCUACUUGGCCUUUCAUCCGAAUCUGGUGCGCGCUAUGGAGCCGGCCGUUAUUGAGCCAGGCACAGAUGUUUGGGCCAUUACGCAAGGUGCCAUUUCCAUCUCGCGCCUCGUCGCUUGCUUUGAGCAAGUGGACGCAGGUUCACGGCCUGUUCCAUCCUGUGUUGUAUAG